AUGACGGGAUCGGCUGGCUUUCCACACGUUGAAACAGAAUACUCUGAUCUCUGUCUUGCUCAUGUAUCGGAGGGCACCCUGGAAUUACCGGACGGACAGCACGUCGCGAAAGUUGUGACAGCUUCAGACUGCAUGAGAAUUAAAGGAAACAUUAUCUCCAUCGACGCGCGUGCUAGUGCGCUAUCUGACGAUGGUUCGCUAAAUUUGGAGUUUGCUUACACUGGAAAGAUGCAUGUGACUCCGGAUGUUGUCAAGACCUUUUCCUGGGUAGAAAAAUGCGAAGUGAACUUUGGCAAGUUGUACUGCUACACGGUUCCCAGGAUCUUCAGUCGGAGCGAGCAGUAUGCCUGGGUGAACGAUACCGUUCGCGGCGCAGGGGAAAAUUGGAGUCGGAAAAGAAGGGAAGGUCACUAUUUCAUAUCAAAUAUUCAAGGCCAGUUGAGUCAAAGGAGCCGUCUAUCCUUGACAGGAGGCGCAUUUGAAAUCAAUGCAACAGUUGAAGACUAA